AAAAGGAUCAGUCCCUCAACCCGACCAGGCCGUCAUCACGUUACCGUUGCAGUCAUCUUUGCCGAGUCUUGACAGCCAUUCACAAUGUCUCACCAGAAGAUCGAGAAGGACCUUGGCGAGCAGCCCAAGAGCCACCGCAUCCGAAUCACCCUGACUAGCCGAAAGGUUCAGUCUCUCGAGAAGGUCAGCGCCGAGCUCAUUGAGCGCGCCCGCAGCAAGGGCCUCACCGUCAAGGGCCCCGUCCGCCUGCCCACCAAGAACCUCAAGAUCACCACCCGCAAGACCCCUUGCGGUGAGGGUUCCAAGACCUGGGAUCUCUUUGAGCUCCGCGUCCACAAGCGCCUCAUCGACCUCCACGCCCCCACCGAGGUUGUCAAGUCCGUCAUCGUCAACAUCGAGGCUGGUGUUGAGGUUGAGGUUACCAUUGCCGCUUAAGUGUUGAAGCUCUGCCUGUCUGGAGCCCGGAUUCUGCGUUCCAUGAUGGCAUUGUGAAGGAAGGGAAUGAUGGAGACGCCAUUGUCUUGCUCACAGCAAGGAGGGUAGAUAUAGGAUACUCGGUUACGAUUAAUGAAUCACUGAGAACCUCGUGUUCUACCAUCCAAACGU